AUGUUAAUAAACACACUUAAACAGCUUCGAGAGAGAGCACAGCUACUCCUUUCUCCAAGUGAUAGGGGAGAUCUUCCUGUUAUCCAAAAAAGCAUUGAUCAAAUGGAGAGAGAGAUCAAAGCCAUGAGUGAAAAAAUAAGACCAACACAGGAACUACAUGCUAAAGCACAUUACUUCCUUGCCAAUAAUGGUAUUAAUACCGAACACGUAUCAACACCUAUCAACACUAGUCGUACAUUUGAGAUUGCUGAAUUAGAUAAUCAUACAGAUAUCAAAAAAUUUUUAGCUGAAGAACAUGAAAAAAUCCUGAUUGACAUUAUUGAAGAACAACGAAAAGUGAAUGAUGAUGAUUUUGAAAAGUUUUAUCAAAGCGAAUUUGAAAAGUUUUCAAAAAAUAUGGAACAAGAACGUUUAGAAGAAGAUGAAAAUAUGGCUGAUUAUAAAGAAUUUGAGAAAUAUAAUAAUACUACUGGAAUUACUAGAAUUUCAGAAUAUGCUAAUGUCGUGACACAGUUAAAUGACAAUCGUUUAAUUGAUGUUGACUUUGAUUUAAUCAAAAAUUUAUCUAAUAUUCGUAACAUGUCUGAAUUGAAGAGAUUUCAAGAUCACGCAUUUGAAGCUUGGAAUAUAUUAGGACAUUUCGCGAACAAAUCAGACAUAGGAGGCCGUUUUGAGGGCCGUUUUACUAGAGAUUAUAUUGCGGAACCUUAUCAAAGUGUAGCGGCUAUGCGAACUCGUUGCUCAUUAAUCGCUGCCUCAAAAUCGUGGUUAGAACAACAAACUGCUCAAUACAUCAAUGAUUCUUUAAAUCGAAAUGCUAAAAGAAUGAAAGUGGGUGGUAUUCCAUCCUUCAGUUAUCGAUUACAAGCUUAUAUAGAUCUUGUUUUCAAAAAUGGAUUGGAAUGGACUGAUGAUCGACUUGAAAUUGUAAAAGAUCUACCCAUUUGGGUAUUUAUCUUUCUAUUAAUGCGUUGUGGACAUUUGGAUAUUGCUGCAAAAUUUGUUGAUAAUCACCGUGAAAUGUUUACAAAUGAAAAGAAAUUCGUUUCUUAUUUUGAACAAUACGUGAAUUCAAAAGACCAUUGCGUACCAAAAGCUACUCAAGAUGAAAUUUUGCAAGACUAUUAUCGUUUUGAAUACGGUGAAAGAGUGGUAGAUCCUUAUAAAUUAUUGAUCUACAAGAUCAUUGGUCGAUGCGAGUUACAUAAGCCUAACUUACCUAAUAUUAUUCAAACCAUUGAAGAUUAUGUCUGGCUUCAGUUAAUGUUGGCAAGAGAAUACAAUGAUACAGUAAAACCUGAAUCAGAAAGAUUUAGAAUACUUGAUGUUCAAAAGAACGUAACUAAACAUGGAAGUCAAUAUUAUAAUCAAGAAGACUCUAAUCCAUGGAUUUAUUUUAAAGUAUUACUUUUAUCACUUCAGUUCGAAAGAGCUAUUGAUUAUUUAUAUCAACAAAAAUACCUUCGACUCGAAACAAUUCAUUUUGCUAUUGCUUUAGUUUAUUAUGGCUUAUUAAGAUAUUUAUAUACAUUGACAUUAUAUUCACCAAAACAGGGAUAUCCAGAUCAAAGUAUGAUUCAGCUUGCCAAAACUUAUAUUCAUAAAUUUACUUUGUCAAGUCAUGAUUAUCAAGUAUUAGUGGGAUCAGAAAGAAAUGGACGAAUUCCAGGGCUAAUUGAAGCGCAAGAACAAUUAUUAGAUAUUAAUACCUGGAAAGAAUAUGCCGAGCAAAUUCUUUAUCCUAUUGCUGAUGGAUUCACUCAUACAGGUCGUUGUAGAGAUGCUGUUUAUGUAUACAGUUUAGCUGGGGAUUAUAAUAAAAUGGUAGAUGUAUUAGCUAAGGAAUUAAGCGAUGCUUUACAACAACCUCAAUCAUUAAGAGCUACUGAUCCUACACUAUCAGAAUUAUCUAAUGACGAAAUUAUCCAAUUCUCUAUUCAAAUCAUGGAGCAUUAUGAAAAACAGGAAGCAUUUUCUAAAGCCAUUGAUAAUAAACGAAAGCAAACAAUUCGUACUCUUAUUCAACUACUGGAAUUCCGUACAAUAUAUGAAAAAGGUCAGCUUGAGCAUGCUAUUCAAAUUUUAGAACAAAUAAAUAUCAUUCCUUUCACAAAGGAUUUCAAUCAAACACAACGUUUAGUAGACCAGUUUAGUCAUUUAGAUGAAUCCAUCUUGAAAAAUAUGCCUGAAGUUUUGCUGAAUGCAAUGGAUAUUCUUUAUAAAUUGUGGGCUACUUAUACUUCAGCUAAUGUUGCAUCUGCUAUUGUAAGUUUAAAUAACGAGAUUCGCACAUUGGAAACAAAGGUCUCUGCUCUUAUUACAUUUGUAGGUUUGAUUCAAUUCUAUAUCCCUGGAGAUAUUAUUACACGUCUAAACAAGUACGUAUUUGAAAUUCAUAAAGAUGUAUAA